GUCACCGGGGUGUGGCCCAAACUCACACGCACGGGACUGACUUUUUCUACUGAGCGUCGCCCUCUCAUCGCCUCCUUCCUUCUUCUCUCCUCAACCAUCUACUCGUCUGCGAGACCGGUGACUUUGUAGCCGUAUCCAGCGACACUCUAACUCAAAGACGACCUUUCUCUGUUGAAUCAAGGACAAAGUCAAAAUGGCCGGUAGAGGAACCAUCAAAGCUAGUGCUAACUUCAAGGCCGAAGAGGAUGCAGGGACGCUGUACAAGGCCAUGAAGGGACUGGGUACCGAUGAGGACUCUAUCCUGCAGUUGUUGACGUCUCGCAGCAAUGCUCAGAGGCAGCUGAUCAAGGCUUCAUACAAGACCCUGCACGGAAAGGAUCUCAUCGCUGACCUGAAGGGGGAGCUGGGAGGGAAAUUCGAGACCCUGAUUGUGGCUCUGAUGACCACACCCCUCGCCUACGAUGUGGAGGCGCUGCGCAACGCCAUCAAGGGGGCAGGCACCGAUGAGACGGUCCUCGUGGAGAUCCUGGCUUCCAGAACAUGCCAGCAGAUCAAGGAUAUUGUUGCUGCCUACAGACAGGAGUAUGAUGAUAAUCUGGAGGAGGACAUAGCCGGGGAUACAUCAGGUCACUUCAAGAGACUGCUUGUUAUUUUACUCCAGGCUAGCCGACAGCAGGGGGUCCAAUCGAACACCAUUGAGGCUGAUGCUCAGGCCCUGUUCAAGGCAGGCGAGUCGAAGUUUGGGACUGACGAACAGGCUUUUGUUACCAUCCUGGGAAACAGGAGCGCCGAGCAUCUCAGGAAAGUGUUUGAUGCCUACAUGAAGCUGGCUGGGUACGAGAUGGAGGAAAGCAUCAAGCGGGAGACGUCUGGAAAUCUGGAAAGCUUGCUGCUCGCCGUUGUGAGGUGUGCCCGGAGUGUCCCCGCCUACUUUGCAGAGACCCUGUACUACUCCAUGAAGCAGGGGGCAGGAACCGACGACAACACCCUGAUCAGAGUGAUGGCCACCCGCAGCGAGGUCGACAUGAUGGACAUCAGAGCCCACUACAGGAGGCUGUUCGCUGGCUCCCUGCACGCAGCCAUCAAGGGGGAUACCUCUGGUGACUACCGUAAGGCCUUGCUCCUGCUCUGUGCAGGAGACGAUGAGUAAGCAGCAGCACCAAGCCGGUUUAAAGAAGGACAUUACCUGAAGUGCUUGGUCCCUGUCAGCCUGUAAGACAGUCCAUUACCCAAACUUAGGAAGACAUUCUCCACAAUGCAAAGUGUGUUACUCACAGGAGGUGUAUGCAACAAUUCUCCAAAAAGUAUCUCUGUGAAGGGUAGCUAACAUUUUGAUUGAUACCAAAGAAGUUUUGAGGUCCACUAAUGGCAAUAUGAUGUUUAUGUUUCAAACCAAAAUAUCAGAUUAUCUUUGUAUGCACUUUGUAUUUACAGUCCAAGAUUUUCCAUUUUUAACUCACCUGUUAUCUUGAGGGUCAAUUUUACCCAUUUCAAUGUUUAACCUCUAUAAAUAAAUAUAAUAUUAACACAA